AUGCCGAAGUUCACAAAAUUUUUAAAGGGAAUCCUAUCUAACAGGAUCCAAAAAGGCGACUUCGAGACCGUGGCAUUAACAGAGAAUUGCAGCGCCCUCCUUAUGGCAAAUUCUCCACCGAAGCUCCAGGAUCCAGGAAGUUUCUCCAUAACGUGCAAAAUUGGUCCUGAACUCAUACCGAGAGCGUUUUGUGACUUGGGGGCUAGCGUCAGCCUACUUCCGUACUCCUUAUGCAAGAGGUUGGGCCUCCAGAACAUAAAAUUGACCACUAUGGCACUGCAAUUAGUGGACCACACAUGCAGAUAUCCGAUGGGAGUAGUGGAAGAUGUGCCAGUUGAAGUGCGUGGGUGUAUAGUUCCCACAGAUUUCAUUAUUUUGGACAUGGAGGAAGACCCUAAGAUAUCGAUCAUCCUUGGGAGACCAUUCCUUGCCACGGCUGGAGCCAUCAUCGAUGUAAAAAGUCACAGGAUAUCCUUGGAGAUUAGUAAAGAAAAGAUCGAGUUCGAUUUAUCAGAUUCCUCCAUCUGCAACUCCUCUCCUCCGGAAUAUUCUCGCAAGAUCAAUAUACACAAAGUUAAGGAGUGCAAUUUCCAUUAG